GAAAAAGGCUUCUGUCCUCACAAUCACUCACUACACACGCCGAACACCCGACACGCACCCAACGAGCGACUCGACUGCGACCGACUGCUCGAUAUACUGCACGCACCGCUGAGGCUUCGGCCUACAGCUCAUCAACAUGGCGCCCGUCUCGCCCGCCCCCGGCUUCUUGACCAUCGCUCGCACUCUCCAGAGCAACGAGCCCGUCCCCGAUCUGCUGCUCUCGUCCAACGAGCUCGACCUCCUCCGCAAGCGCGAUGCCUCCUCCGCCUCCUCCCCUCUCCCACCACCGUCGCUCGCCCAACAUGAGCACAGCUUGGUCAAGCGUGCCGACAAGAUCGUGCACGGCGUGGGCUCCAAGCCUCCCGAGUCCUUCAACAACGGGGGCUUCUUCGCACUAUUCGCCAUCCUCGGCGCUGCCAUGGUGUGUGCUGCCAUCUGGUUCUUCUUUUGGGCCAAGAACGGUGGCUUCCAGUUCGAGGAGGGUGAUUGGGACGACUACAAAUCGACGGUACUACGACGCAAAGGCCCGGAUGGCAAGACGCUUAGUAAUGCCACCAAGAGUACGAAGCUGGGCGGUGGCAGAUCUAUUGCAGGCACGCAACACUACGCUUGGGCUAAGCAACAGGCACGAUCCGUCGUCAGCAGAGACGAGAAGGGCAGAAAGGGCAUUCUGGCCAAGCGAGGUUUUGCGGGCACCCACUCUGUCACCUACAAGGACGACUUCACCGAUUCCCUGGGCUCGCAGACGAUCUCGGAUGGGAUGACGGAAGUGCUGACCGAGUACGAUGGAGGCAGCGGACACCAUUCCAAACGCUAUCGUGAUCGCGAUGUCCAUCAAUACAAGCAAGAGAAGCCAGCUCGUGUGGGUGGCAUGAACCGAGUGGCAGACAGCACCGCCUACACUGAAACCGAUCGAUCCGACAUCAUGACCGAGACGGUCCUCACCGAAUCGUCCGACCAGCCGAUGAUCCCCAAGUCCGCGCAAGACAAAGAGAAGGCACGCGCCGAGCGUCGAGCACGCCAUGAAGCAGCCAAGAUGGAACGCCGCUGGAAGCGCGAGGCCGAAGAGGCCGCGGCAGCACUGAACCGCGAAGCAGCUCCUGUCCCACCACCCGCCCAUGUUCGCAAGUCUGCGUCGCCGUCCAAGCGCGCCCCCUCGUCACGCCACCAUGCCCGUGAGAGAUCCGCUUCCCGUUCUGCUAGUCCCAGAAAGCGAGACUUCUCUUACGGUACGGGACCGGAGUCAGAAACCCUGAGCACCGCAUAUACUGCUUCAGAGUCCCACUCCCGAGGCACGAGAACUGCGAGCUACUACGAUGAGUACCGUCCGCGUGCGACGGAGAAUCCGAGAUACUCAUCCGAGUAUGGAGGCACACAACGCACGAGGGAGAGGAGCCGGACGCGACAGAGCUCCUCGUCGCCGAGAAAGAAGUCGUCCUCGCCAAGGAAGAAGACGGAGACGAGGAAGGGUGGUUAUCGACGUGGAGGGCAAGAUAGCGAUCUGGAGUAAUGAGUGAUGCAAGAGGGAUCAGAAUGAUAAGAAAUGGGCCGGAAAUCGCAGGCAUCAUACCCCUCCCACCAUGCUCGGUAGAUGCGAGAGGGCGAAGCAAUCGAAGGAGGGACCGAUGUCACCACUGUUAAGGAUGAGUCAUGCUGUUUGUUUAUGUUUUUAGUACCUCACCGGUGGAGGAGUAGUAAGGGCGCCGCAAGGACUCGGGUCGUCAGUCUGAUGAUAUGUGUGUUUUAUGACGGUACAGUACAGUACAGUACAGUAGUAGUAGUCUAGUAGACAGAAUAGGUAUGCGCGAAAUGUUGAUGUGAUGCCAC